CGCCCUGGGACGUCACGCGUCAGCCUGACGCUAAAGGGGGCCGGCUCUUGGCCUGCACGGCCUCGCGGGACGGAGGCGGGCUGUCUUCAGUCGUUCCCCUCGGCGCCGGGCUAGAGCACGCGGGCGGGAGGCCCCUAGUUGUGGCCACCAACAUGGCGGACGGCGAAGUUGUCAUUGUGUCAAAGAAGCACAAGAAAAAAAAGGAGCGCAAAGUAUUAGGAGAAGAUGAUGUAGCUAAUCUACAACAUGAAGGAGAAUUCUUCAUCAAGCCUGAAUCUAAAGUAAUUCAAUUGGACACAUCUCAGUGGCCCUUACUGCUAAAGAACUUUGAUAAACUAAAUGUAAGGACAACCCACUAUACUCCCCUCCCUUCAGGAUCUAACCCUCUCAAGAGAGAAAUUACAGACUAUAUCAGGACAGGUUUCAUUAACCUUGACAAACCCUCCAAUCCCUCUUCCCAUGAGGUAGUUGCGUGGAUCCGGCGAAUACUCCGGGUUGAGAAGACUGGCCACAGUGGUACUUUGGAUCCGAAGGUGACUGGCUGUUUAAUUGUAUGCAUAGAACGAGCUACUCGAUUGGUCAAAUCUCAGCAGAGUGCAGGCAAAGAGUAUGUGGGAGUUAUCCGACUGCACAAUGCUAUUGAAAGUGAAGUUCAGCUUUCCAGGGCAUUGGAAACUCUGACAGGCGCUCUAUUCCAGCGACCACCUCUCAUUGCUGCUGUCAAGCGACAACUCCGAGUCAGAACUAUCUAUGAGAGCAAGAUGUUAGAAUAUGACCCUGAAAAAAGAUUAGGUAUCUUCUGGGUGAGCUGUGAAGCUGGAACAUACAUUCGAACAUUAUGCGUCCAUGUUGGUUUGUUACUUGGAGUUGGAGGCCAGAUGCAAGAGCUUCGCCGGAUCCGCUCUGGAGUUAUGGGGGAGAAGGACCACAUGGUGACCAUGCAUGAUGUGUUAGAUGCUCAAUGGCAGUAUGACAAUUACAAAGACGAGGGUUACCUUCGUCGGGUCAUUUAUCCUCUGGAGAAGCUGUUGACAUCUCACAAGCGACUGGUCAUGAAGGACAGUGCGGUUAAUGCCAUCUGUUACGGAGCAAAGAUCAUGCUUCCUGGGGUUCUGCGGUAUGAGGAUGGCAUUGAAGUAAAUCAGGAGGUUGUAGUCAUCACUACCAAAGGGGAAGCCAUUUGUGUGGCUAUUGCCUUGAUGACUACAGCAGUGAUUUCUACCUGCGACCAUGGUAUAGUGGCCAAGAUUAAGAGAGUGAUCAUGGAGAGAGACACUUAUCCUCGGAAAUGGGGUCUGGGCCCAAAGGCAAGUCAAAAGAAGAUGAUGAUCAAGCAAGGUCUUCUGGAUAAGCAUGGAAAACCCAAUGACAGCACACCCACUGCUUGGAAGGAUGACUAUGUCGACUAUAGUGCAUCUGUGAAGAAGGAACCAGUUGCAGUCCCAGUCGAACCCAUGAAGACAGUAAAGACAAAGAAGCGGAAACGAGAAGGGGAGAGUGAAGAGGAAGAUAAUGCUGAGUACAGCGAUUACAGUGAUUAUGGGGAUUAUGAAGAGAAUGGCGAAGAGGAUGAAGAAAGCAGUGAGGAGGAAGAGGAAGAAGGCAGUGAAGAUGAAGGCAGUGAGGAGGAUGCAGCUGGUGAAGUGGAGGAAGAGGUGGUGGGAAUAGAGAGCGAUGGAGAAGGUGUUGAAGAGGAAGAGGCUGUUGAGGAAGAUGAUGGGGAUGAUGAAGAUGAAGGAGGUGAAGCCUUUGCUCAACAGGAAGUCAGCAAAAAAGGGAAGAAAAAGAAAAGCAAAAAAGAGAAAAAGGCUAAAAUUGUGGUAGAGAGCAAAUCAAAGGAUUCGGGCAUGGAGAGCACCAAGAAGAAGAAGAAAAAGAAGAAAGCCAGACUAAUGGCAGAGGAUUCGGAGUAGUGAGUGUCCAGCUUGGGAGAGAUGAUGGAAGCCUUAACCCAAGAAUAAAACCAACUCUCCACAGCAGUUUGGGAAAUGACAGUGCACCUGAAGGAGGAGUGGCCAGUGGCACGCCACUGACCCUGCUACUAGGAAUAUACUGUGGGCUUCUGUGCCGGAUAGGGUAAUCCCUUCUUGUCCUGUUUUAAGGAUAUUUGCAAGGGCAUGGGUGAGAAAUAUAUGCAAAACUGCCCAACAGAGUAGCAGAUUCUGUACUAUAGCUUACAUUUAGAGCAGCGGGUGGCCAUACCACCUGCUGUCUGCAGCUGUUCUUUUUAAUUUGCUGGUGUUUUAACUAUUUUACAUGAGAUGAGGGUGUUGAAAUGGUCUUUUUUCCUUUGUUGAAAAGUCAUAAAACAUUUUUUAUUUUGCACAGGACAGAAGCCUCCAUUGCUAGUGGGGGUUAGCUGUAGUGCAGGUUGUGGUUGUGCAAAAACCCUAAUGUCUCAAGAGGCCCCAAAACAGCUUCUUCUCCUCAGACUUCCUUCACUUUCUCCUCUCUCCAAACCCACCUCCUGGCGUGGAAUGCGCUUCUUCCCUCAAUACAGUAUAUUGGUGAGCCUUUGGGGAAAAGGGCUUGUAUGUUUGCUCCUCCUGUUCUUCUUCUGAGCCACCUUAAACCCCAUACGCUGUUUGCAAUGGAGUUGUAACCGUCCUAAGCGCGAGUGCGCGCACACACGCACCACCACCCCAUCCACACCCAUUCCCUCCUCCCCCAACUACUUCCCAGGGGAGGAGGGGGGAAGUGGGGGUGGUUGUUAAUGGCUGUUUUAUGUAGGGAAGGAGAAAAGUUGUAAUUUUUAUUUACUUUUUAUUAAAAAUAAUAAAACAUAAUUAGUUUUUAA